GUACUAGUAUUUAAUUAUACCUCUUCUACAUACAUACAUACAUAAAUGUAAUAUAUAUAUUUUUAAAAGCACAUUUUCAAAGAAGAAUAUGAAUUCGAAAGGAAUGUCUAGGUAAACAGGAGCACGUUUCACCUCCUGCUGAGUCAUGUCCGGUUCCUUUCUCUCCUCGGAGGACGAGGCCGAGCUGCAGUCUCUUCUCCGGCAGCUCCUGAGGAGCGUCCAGGAACGGAUCUCCAGCGCCCCAUCGGUGGACUGCGCAGAGGAGAUCCUGCUCCACCUGGAGGAGACCGACAAAAACUUUCACAAUUACGAGUUUGUGAAGUACCUGCGGCAGUAUGUGGAGACCAGCCUGGGCGCGGUUAUCGAGGAGGAAACGGAGCGCUGCGACCGGGGUGAUGGACACGGCUUAGGGUCCGGGCAGGAGUCUCUUGUUCACGCGGUGACUAAAAGAACCAGAGAUUCUGAACAAUACAGGCAGAUGAUGCAGACGCUGAAACAGAGCAUGGGCGUGAUCGUGGAGUCUCUCAUCAACAAGUUUGAGGAGGAUCAUUUAAACAAGGAGGAGACGCACAGGAGGAGCCAGCGGGAGCAGUUCAGCAGCCAUUACACAGAUAACUGCUCCGACAGCGACUCCUCCUUCCAUCAGAGUUAUGGAUUCAUCAAGCAGGAGCAGCUGCACGUCAUUUCAGAGAAACUUGAUCCCAGCAGACCAAAAGAGGUGCGGUGGGAAGCCCUGCAGUUACUGUGCUGCGCUCCUCCCUCUGAUGUUCUGAGCUGUGAGAGUUGGAGCGGUUUGAGGAGAAACCUCUCGGCGGCGCUUGCUGAUCCCGAUCCCGACCUCAGCAACAAGGUUCUUCGCUUCUUCGCAAAAACAUUUUCCAGCUCUCCUCUGAACGUGACGAGGGAAAUCUACACCAGCUUAGUGAAAAGCGUGGAGAGCGACUUUCUCUACCACAAGCUGAGUUUCCCCGCUGACCCCACAGUCCUGGAUGUGACCAGACCAGAAAUUACUCGCCUGCUUAAGCAAAUGAGAUUAAUGAGCGACUUUCAGAAAGAAGUCACCACGUUCUGGAUUCGCCAUCCUGAGAAGUACAUGGAGGAGAUCAUCGAGAGCACCCUGGCUCUUCUCUCUGUGCACGCUGACCAGGGUGGAGGUGCUCACGGCUCGGAGAGAUCUCUAGAGCCCGUCCACUUGCUGUCCUUGCUGGACGUCAAAGCCACGUGGUUCAAGAGGUGGAUGCAUGGUUACUACAGUCGAACCGUUGUCCUAAAGCUUCUUGGGAGGAAAUACAAGUCAGUGAUAGGUGCAGCUCUUCAGCAGUGUAUUUAUUACCUGGAGUGCUGCGAUGCUGAUAGAGGAACCGUGGACGUCACUCAUACCACAGAGCAUCAACACAUCGGCUCCGCUCAGAGGAGGUCCUACAGCGGUAAGGAGUUGGAAUACUCUCACCUGGUUCACUCGCUCUGCGUCCUCGGCCGGCUCCUCAUGUACACCAACGGGAGGAAGCUGUUUCCCAUCAAACUCAGGAAGAGGAGAGAUCCGGUUACCCUCAGUGACCUGGUGGUGAUUCUGAUCAAUAUCGCUUAUCAGGAUCCGAACACUCCGCACGCCGAUCUGACUCAUACAGACUGUGAGUGUACUAACGCUGGAUGUUGCGGCUGUACAGACUCUCUCCCCCCCACCACUCUGGUGAUGGAGAUCUUGAGAAGUCUGUGUGAACGCAGCGAGUGUGCAGUGGAGUGUAUCUACCAGACCCCGGUCAUCCAGACCCUGCUGGCCCCCGUCCUCGCUCUGCUGAAAGGAAAACCGACCAAAUUAAUCUCUCAGGAACGAAGCCUGACCCACGUAGCAGAGACGCUGGCGAGAAUCGCCACCACCGAGCGGGGAUUAGCUCUAUUCCUCUACGAGAGGAAGCUCAUCUCCGCCGAGGGCGAGGGGAUCUGUGCAGCUCAUGCGAUCGUGCAGUUCACCCAGGCGCUGCUGGACAGAGAGCUGCGGGCGUGUCCCGAGCUGCACGCUUCGGACGCCGUGAAGGGAGCGUUCAUCUUCGUGUGCCGUCAGAUGUACAACACGUGCGAGGGCCUGCAGGUGCUGCGACCCUACAACCUGCACGAGGGCAUAGCGCAGGCCUGGAGGAAGGCGAGUUCACUAUCAGAACGAGUUUCCACGCCGGUUCCUGGAUCCAUCGCACCGUCGGCCCCCAGCGACACAGAAAACAUGGCCGUGUGGGAGGAGACGCUCCUGGACAACCUGCUGAACUUCGCCGCCACUCCGAAAGGUCUGCAGCUCCUGCAACACACCGGAGCUCUGCAGGAGUGUGUGGCCUACAUGUUCUCCAGAUACACCAAAAAACUCCAGGUGAGCAGUUGUGAGAAGUUUGGUUACGGUGUGAUGGUGACCCAGGUGGCAGCGACGGCUCCGGGCGUGGUGGCGUUACGCAGCUCCGGUUUUAUCCAGGCCGUGGUGGUGGAGCUGUGGUCAGCGCUGGAGUGGGGCAGAGAGGACGUGAGAGUUGUUCACCCCAAAUCUACCCCCAUGGAGCCCAUCGACAGGAGCUGCCUCAAGUCCUUCCUCACGCUGGUGAACCUGCUGUCCUCUCCGUACGCUGUGUGGGAGCUGCUGUACCACCAGAAGCUGCCCAGCAAGACUGAAUACAGCCUGAGAGAAAUGCCCACCUCCAUUAUAGACGUGAUGGACCGUCUGAUCGUCAUCAACUCAGACGCUAAAAUCCACUCGCUGUUCAACUACGAGCAGUCGCACACGUUCGGCCUGAGACUCCUGAGUGCUGUGUGCUGUAAUCUGGAUUCUCUGCUGCUCCUGGAGUCUCAGUUCCGACUCUCAGACGUUCUUCUACAGAAUCAGAAGGAGAACGUGGUGGAGUCCUCACCAGGCCAGGAAGACGUUAUCGUGGACGGGCUCUCGGUGGAGAGGAAUCACCUGCUGGUUCGGACGAGUGUGAUCGGAGGCUCCUCUGAACGACGACUUCCUCCCAGAGAGCUACAGACGGGGAAGAGUCCGUACCCUUGGCCGAUGUUCUCAUCGUAUCCUCUUCCCUCCUGUUACGUCCUGGAUGUGCCGAAGACGUCGUGGACUAAAUCAGACUCGGAGAUCAGAUCUUUCCUGACGUCCUGUACUGACUGUGAACGGGACGAGAGCUGGAUGGAGAACUGCAGGAAAAUCUACAGCAGAGUCCUGAGCACCAAACCCGCCGCGCUCUCAGGAAACGUGUUGGCUGAUCUCCUGGAGCGAGCAGUGAUGUUCCUCUCCUCCUCCCAGAACCACUUCUUCUCUCCUCCAGAGUACACAGUCGCGGAUAACGACGUGAAGGCUCGAGGUUUGACGUCAGUGGAGCGUCUGGGCGUCGGCUUUUCUCUCAGGUACGGGAUAUGGCUGAAUAUAUUGAGGGAAGAUUCCGAGCAGGAUCUGUGUCUCCUCAUCAAACACUGUGAGGAGUUUCUAUCUCAGCAGCGUAUCUCGCUCCAGUCUGAGAUCUCGUACCUGCCGGAUCGUUACCCCGGAUACGACUGGUUCUCCUCCACCGUGUUUCUGAUGAUGGGCGGAGACGUCGGCCGUUCCCUCUCACUGCUGCUGCGCCUCUCCCACCUGCUGAACUCCGCCUUCCUGUGGCCAAACAGGAUCUACAGAUCUGUACACGUACCUGUGGAGGUGUCCCUCUCGGGGGUUCCUCCUCUGUACUCCUGCACCGCUCACUAUGUGGAGAUGCUGCUGAAGGUCGAGGUGCCGCUGGUCUUCUCCGCCUUCAGAAUGUCCGGCUUCACUCCGUCUCAGAUGUGUUUGCAGUGGUUGGGUCAGUGCUUCUGGAACUACCUGGACUGGUGUGAGAUCUGCCAUUACGUGGCCGUGUGCAUCAUCAUGGGCGUCGACUAUCAGGUGUACAUGUGCAUCUCAGUACUGAAGCACCUGCAGCAGGAAAUCCUGCAGCACACACAGCUCCAGGAUCUGCAGAUCUUCCUCAAGGAGGAUCCCAUCCAGGGCUUCAGAGUGAGUGAUUAUCUGGAGUACAUGGAGAGUCUGGAGCACAGGUACAGAUCCAUGGUGCUCACAGACAUGAGGAACAGCCUGCAGAAGAGAACGGAGCAACCAUCACAAAGAACCUGAGAGGAAUAUUUAUUAUUGUAAAUAUUUGGUUGUUUGGCUGCUCUGAGUGAGUGAAUGUGAGUGAUGCUCUGUGAUUGGUCCAGAGUUAAAAUAAAUAAAUAAAUAUCA